AAUGUAAACCACAGAGGGCGAAACCAUGACCUAUAUCUAAACUCAAUACCGAAACUGCGAGUGGAGGAGGUGUGGGCCACUUCCAAGUUCGUUCAGACUUCCUCAAAGGUCGUCGUAUAAACACACAAACGCAGAUUCGUUAGGAGUGAAACCCCAUCUUAACCGCAUUGGCCUCACUGUUCAUGAGUCCGCUUGGAGCCAGUAGUCUGCCAGCCAGAAGUUAAGGACCGACUCUCUCUCGCCCUACCCCCCUCGGUUGUCCUGUCCGACCACCACCACCCCUCCCCUCCAACCCGUCCAACCACGGGCUGCUGAUCAGCAUGACAAAGCAGCAGUGGAUGGAACAGAGGGGCUUAGCACCCACCGCGCAGCCCUACCUCCAGCCACACCGAGACCCUCACCUUGACUCCCACAGUGUGAACGAGUACACGAGGAAUUAUAACCCUUCACACCGCAGUGUAGGACGCAGGUCUACGGCACCGAAACACUGCUUUAGAGGAUACGGUUCGUCCGAUGCGUCUGGAAAAGAUGCGCACCGGUUGGAGUCGUUAGGAGGAAACCCCGAGCAACGUAGGUCUACCGGUGCGACAGCCACUAUGGAUACAACUAUACUACCUGAGAACUGUUUACUGUCUGGAUCACCACCGUACCUGACGUCUCAAGCCAGGGUGGAGGUCACAGACGCGAGGCGUGAAGCGAUGGAUGUUGACGUGGAGAAAAACUCGGGGUGCAGUAGGAAGAAGAACUAUCAGCGGUAUCCGAAGCCUCCAUACUCAUACCUCGCUAUGAUCUCCAUGGUGAUUCAAAACUCCCCGGAGAAGAAAUUGACGUUAUCAGAGAUCCUGAAGGAGAUCAGUACUCUCUUCCCGUUCUUCAAAGGAAACUACAAGGGAUGGCGGGACUCAGUGAGACACAACCUCUCCUCAUACGACUGCUUUGUGAAGGUGCUGAAGGACCCCGGGAAGCCCCAGGGAAAGGGCAACUUCUGGGCCGUGGAGCUGUGCCGCGUGCCCCUGGAGCUCCUCAAGAGGCAGAACACGGCCGUGUCGCGGCAGGACGAGACCAUCUUCGCCAAGGACCUGGCCCCCUACAUCCUCCACAGCCACACCCACAAGCCUUGGGACGAGGCCCCCCCUCCCCGGGACAACCACGUGACGUCCCUGCCCACCUCCUCCUCCUCCUCCUCCUCCUCCUCCUCCGGCUCCUCCGGCUCCUCCUACCCCUCUCCCCCGCGGGAGGACCUGUACCGCCCCAAGCUGGACUCCUCCUUCGCCAUCGACUCCCUGCUGCACAACCUGAGGCCCGCCAGCACGGGCGAGGCCGACGGCCGGGUCCACGGCGGAGACGGCUGGGGGGGGGAAGCCAAACAGCCGCAGCAGCAGCAACACCUCCACCUCCGGCCCUCCCCAAGGCCGCGCUACACCUCCUCCGUGCGCAGCGCCUCGGCCAGCUCGGCCAGCCCCGCCUCCUCCCUCUCCGAGGAGGACUGGCGCCCGCCGCCGGCCCGGGGCGGGCAGCGGGCGGAGGCGGCGGCGGCAGCGGGGGUCGAGGGCGGCUCGGACGACUGCGACGACUGCCGGCCCCCGCAGCACAAGUCGGCGCGGCGGGAGGGGGCCCCGGCGCCCUGGGAGCUGCCCACCUCCUACGCCAAGUACGCCCCCCCCAACACGGUGGCCCCGCCCAGCAUGCGCUUCAACGGGGGCCCGCUCAUCCCUCUGCACGGGGGGAUGCCGCUGUACAGCUACGGGGCCUCGCCCAUGGGGCCCGGUCACUUCCUGGGACACACCUAUUGGCCCAUCCUGCCCAGCGGACGCAUCUCCAUCCAGCCCCCCGCCAUCCUCAUGGACCUGGACAGCAUGCUGCAGUCGGUGCCCCCAAACAAGAGCGUGUUUGACGUGCUGGUGCCGGCGAGCCAGGGCCCGCACCCGCACCCGCACCCGCACCACUCGCCGCUGGGUCAGUACACGCUACAGAACGGACCUCCCCUCAACAGGUACCCCCAGUACUGACGGGCCCCGUACUCGUAGUACGCAAUGCCACUCAAAGAGACGUUUUAUGGACACACGAUGUGAUGAGUGGGGAGAGACCUUGUGUGGAGUGUUGUCGUCCGGAGAGGAGCGUGAAUUACAAAAGACUUGUUCGUGUCAGUAUUGGCCUGAAGAACAGCCGGGAGCCCGGUCAAGACCCCGGGAGUUCUACCCAUCCCACAGUUUGCACUGAGGAUGAUAUUUGCACUAUUGUUUUUAAUCUGGGUAUUUUCGUAUGUGAGAAUGCAUCUGUUUGCAACCUACCUCGAUGGGUGAAUGUGUAAUUUCUGAUCUUUCACACAGAGAAAUCAUAAAGAGCAGUCGUUUUAUUAAAUUUGGCAGAAGGAAAAGAUAACUAUAUAAGGGUUGUUCUUUUGGUUAAAUUUUGCCUUGCAUGUCCAAAAAAUAAAGUCGCAAUCAUUGGAGACACUUUAUAUACAAUUAAAUGACAAUAUCUACCUCAGUCUCUCGAUGGAAAGGACUAUGUUAGUUUGGACGAUAUAAACUGCAAGUUUACAAUUCAUGUUUUAUCCAUUCAUGUAUUCAUGUUUUCCCCCAUGUUUGUUCUGAUCUUUUUCUUUCAAAUCCUCGCACACAUAUCAGGCAAUGCCAAGACUUGUUGGUGGUACUGCUAUUUUUCUAUCCCUUUUUUUUGUCUUUUUUUUUAUACUUGACAAUGAAUGUUUGUACAUUUAUAUUCGUAAAGUUUUACAGUUGUUCCACUCAGGGUUUAAAAAGUUAAUUUGUGUGCCACAGCACACAAAUUGUAAUGUUAAUGUUCCAAAAUGAUACAUUAUCAUUUGGUGGAAUACAUUUAAAGUGUCUUAAAAGAGUCUUAAAUAUUCCAUGAAUAAAGACUUCAAAUUAUCUA